AUGGGGAAUGAAGGUCGUCAAAAUGUGAAAUGGGUUGAGGGUGUCCGUGGACUUGCAUCAUUCUUCGUUGUCGUUACACAUCUCUGUCGAGCUUGGGAGUAUACGCUAUGGUUUCCACGGGACAACGAACACGCAAGUGCCAAAAUCCUGCAAUUACCUUUUCUCCGCCUUCCAUGGCAAGGUCGCAUCGGAGUCACCAUGUUUGCAUUCCUCACCGGCUACGUCUGUGCUUUGAAGCCACUUCGACAGGCCAGAUCCGGAUAUCCAUCAGCUGCCUUGACAACAGUUGCCAAAUCUGCAUUUCGACGUCCACCUCGGCUAAUUCUCCCUGCUACGUUCGCAAUGGCCAUUGCUUGGAUGGUUGCUCAGUUUGGUGGCUUUAAAGUGUCGAAUCGGUGCGACUCUGGUUGGCUAAGGUUCUCCAGCCCGGAGGUCGGGAGUCUUAGGGAGGAGAUCCCUAGAUUUUUUCACAACUUCCAGAGCGUGUGGAUCAACGGUCGUAUGGAGUAUGAUGAUCAUCAAUGGGCGCUGCUUCCACUAUUGAAGGGCGCCUUCAUGGUGUAUGUAACACUGUGCGCUACCAUCUUCAUGAAGUUUCGAUUCCGCAUGCUCUCAUAUAUAACCCUCUACGGGUGGUACUGGCUAGAUAAUACCCAAGAGACCGAAACCUUUCACUGCCAGAUGUUCUUUGGAAUGAUCCUGUGUGACCUCGGCUCGCACCCACCCUUCCGGCAAUUCCUAGAAAGAUGGCUGAAAACUCGUAGAGUCAUGCAAGUAGGGCUCGUUACCGUAGGUGUAUAUGUGGCAGGCUACCCCGGAGAGCACCCAGAGUGGUCCACGUGGUCCCGACAACUCCUUGAUGUCGGGAAUACCUUGUUUCCACCAAACAUAAACACGGGUAAGAGGUGGUCCGCAGUUGGAUGGCAGAUGUGCGCAACAGCGAUAUGGCUCUCUCCGACACUCCAAGGGAUCUUCUCAAACCGGCUCUUCCUGUGGAUUGGCAAAAAUAGCUUUGCUGUAUAUCUUAUUCAUGGUACUCUACUCCGCGUUGUGCUAGCACGAAUGGUAUACGGUUGGUCGGGGGAGCCUUGGGUGGUCGAUAAAAACGAGGAAGGUGAACCCGUCUAUCACUGGCUUCCUAGAGCCGGCCCACUUGUCUUCAUGGUAUCCCUACCUCUUUGGUUUACUAUCGUCUACUCGUGCGCUCACCUCUGGACAACUUUCGUCGAUGGAUUCUGUGCUAAGCUGACCGCUUUUCUGGAGCGAUAUAUGUUUGAAUCUGAAGACAAAAAAAACGGCUCGGCGUUUGUAUAA